AUGGAUUUUCGUGCUCGAACUGGUGCCGAUGGGGUAGGCUCCAGCUGGUCCUGGCCUGCCGACACCGCUGCAACUGGAAACGCCAGUGGCAAUGACACAUCUUCGGCGAUGAGAGACGAUGGCUGGGCGACGACGAGUGGUUUCGACUCAGGGUCCACGAGACAACCACGACCGCAUCAAGCGACGGCUACGUCCGAUGGCGACAAUGACGGCACUGCUUCUGUCGGAUCCUUUCCUGGUGUAUCCGACAACGCCUCCUGGGUCACCGAGAAUGAGGAGAGGACGCCUUUGGAGCACAACCACUACCACUACCGCGGCGAUACGAACGAGUACGGCUUUGACAACGAACGCCAUGGGCCGGGGCAGCAGAAAGAGCCAACUGAAGAGGAACGGGCUCAGGAACGGUACCGUCGGCGUUUCAAGCCACGUACAUGCCGAAUCUGCUUCGAGACGGUGUUGCCGACAUUUGAGGAUAUCACAACGCACCCGGACGACGGUUUACGCGACAUGAUGGGCGAGGACGACGCGGCUGCCGAACCAGUUGGUCUGGGUGCUGCUGUCCAGGCAGUCGGUGAGGCGACGGCCGGUCUGCGCGACCGUGUGGCUGGUGCGGUGACGUCAGCGCUUCCAACGUUUGUGCGAUCGUCGCGCAUGCCUCGUGUCCGCUACAUCUCUGAAAACCCCGAGGACGGACGGCUGAUCAGCCCUUGCCGCUGCAAGGGGUCCCAGAAGUAUGUGCACGACGGCUGCCUCCAGGCGUGGCGCAAGGCACAGCCCAUGGCCGAGCGCAACUUUUGGAAAUGCCCGACGUGCGGGUUCAAGUACCGUAUUCAGCGGCUGCGCUGGGGCCGUCUCGUUUCCAACAAGAUCACGCGGGCUCUUAUGACGCUCCUGGUCUUUGGGCUGACGCUUUUUGUCCUGGGCUUCGUGGCCGACCCGUUGAUGGACUUGUGGGUGGACCCAAGCGGCGUGAUUAUGGACACGUUCCUGGAUGUGCACGAGUUUGACACGGACGACGACCUCCUCGGGAGCUUCCACGACGUGCUGGGCGGCGGCGGAGGUAGUGGUGUUGGUGGCGUUGCUGAUUUCGUUGGCGUGUCUGGCUGGUGGGAGCACUUCAUCAAGGGUCUCUUCUCACUGGGCAUUGUUGGGGUUGUCAAGACGUUCUUCGUCGUGUCACCGUUCACUUGGUUCAAUCUGCGCGGUGUUGGCCUUGGCCGUGGACGGCGGCGUGCUGCCGGUGGUGGCCGAGGACGCUACGAGAGCAUGAGCUGGAUUUUCAUCCUUGUCGGCGCGUUUACAUUUUUAGGGGUUGCCUGGAAUGGUAUCAACUACUUGAGCGGUCGUCUCUUAGAGCGUGCCAGCGAGCGUAUUAUCGACAUUGGCGCUGAAGGUCCCGACGAUGACGAUGAAGACACCGAUGCUGGGCACGCUGAAGCAGACGGUAGCAAUGUCGGCAUCCCAGAAGCGGUGAAUGACGAUGGUCAAGAUGCAUGA